AUGCCGUCGUUUGAUCUGAAGAAGAACCUUGUUUUCUACGGCGCAUACCACCGCGAACCGCGAAACGUCGCUAUACACAUCGCCUGCGUACCCAUCCUGCUCGCAACAGGCUUCCUCUUCGGCACAAACACACCUACCCUCCCCAUCCGCUCGCCCACGCUCCUAACCCGCCUAAACCUCCCCCUGAACCUCGGCACCCUCGCCGCAGCCACCUACUCCACGCUGUACCUGCUCCUCAGCCCCAACAUCGCCGGCGCAACCAUCGCGCCGCUCGUCCUGGGCGCCGCAUCGCUCGCCAACCGCCUGACGACCAAGUACAACCGCACCAAAGUAAACACCAUUGCCAUUGCCGUCCACGUCGUCAGCUGGAUACUGCAGUUCAUCGGGCACGGCAAGUUUGAAGGGAGGAAGCCUGCGCUGUUGGAUAAUCUGGUGCAGGCGCUAUUUUUGGCGCCGUUGUUUGUGUGGUAUGAGGUGCUGUUCAAGUUGGGGUUUUAUAAGGGGUUGAGGAGGGAUGUCGAGGCUGCGAUUGAGGUUGAGGUUGCCAAGUUGAAGGGCAAGGGGAGGGAGACGGAGUGA